AUCUGUCAGAAGGUAGAAGAAGAAGGGGCAAAACGAAGAAGAAGAAGCAGCAGAAGCAGAGCGCUCUGUUCCGCAGCCAAUUAUUUUCCGAAUUGAAUUGCGAAAAACCCGUAUAGCGUAUCCUAUCCGGAACCAGGAGAACCCAACCGCAGUGGCGCACCUCCGGAAUGGCCACGGAGCAGCAUCACCAGCAGCGCGUCCUCAAGCAAGAUGGCUACUUGGAUCUGGGCGAUUGUAAUAGCGCUCCAGCUCGACCCUUCGAGAUGCGCAACGUCGUCUAUCAUCCGCAAUUAAAUGUCCUCUUGCUGUUCGACAACGGCAGCACGGUCAAGGUCCUGGACGCCAAUUCCGGAGUGAUCCUGCAGACCUAUCAGCUCAGCUCCAAUGGCGACAGCAUCGUUUAUGGUCGGUAUAUGCCCCUGCAGGACAAGAUCUUGUUCUGGGAUGGUCAUAAUCUCGGAUUGCGAGGCGAUUACAACGGCGUCCUGCUGCUGGACACCAUUCUGCAGGCGCCGAUUGGCCAAAACGACGACUACAUCAAGUUGGAGAUCAUUCUGUCCGAGGCGAUCAUCUUUCAGAACUGCAUCACCGAACUAGAGAGCGAGGGUCUGGAGUGCCCCUGUGACAUAAGCAACGAGCUGACGCAGAAGAUUAACCAAGCACAGCUGAAUGCCAAGAAAGGCAUAAAGGCGCAGCGGUGGAAUACCAUCUGCCUGGAGGUACCCUAUUCAAGCCUAAAGUUGGUGUCCAACAAUGUGGUCAUCCUACUGAAGCGCCUGGAGCGCCACAUUCCCGUGCUGGCCAUCGCCUCCGCCAUUAAUGAACGCCUCACCGACAUGCUGAUGGGGUCCCGGGUGCCAGACUUUGGCUGGAACUUUAGUAAUUUCCAACGCGUGCUCAUGCACUCGGAGGCAGUGCGUCGACAGACGUUCGAGAAGUGGCCCCACAUGGAUUACAAGUGGGCUCUGCCCGAUCAAAUGGCCCAGGCCGGGUUUUACCAUCAGCCAUCUUCCUCCGGCGAGGAUCGCGCCAUGUGCUUCACCUGCAACGUGUGUCUUGUCUGCUGGGAGAAGACGGAUGAGCCGUGGAGCGAGCAUGAGAGGCACUCCCCGCUGUGCCCCUUCGUCAAGGGCGAGUACACGCAGAAUGUCCCACUGUCCAUCACCUAUGCCACCAAUCCCGCAUUGCCAGCACCCGGACUAGGAUUCGACAUCAUAUCCAACAGUGAUUACGCGAAUGUGCUUUGCACCAGUUGCUCCCAAACGGGAGAGCUGAGCGUUUGGAGCAUUGAACGUCACCUGAAGCUGAUGCACAGCAUCCACGUUCCGACCCUGCUCAAGGACGUUUUCGAGGAAAGCUUCGAGUGGGCGCGGGUUACUGCCAUCUGUGUACUUCCGAAUGCACGAGCCCGCACCAAAGUGAACUACGUGUACUCGCCUGCUAAUUAUGGUGGAGCAGGAAGCAGCAGCGGAGUGGGAUCCCAUUCAGGAUCGAAUGCGGUAUCUAGUGGAAAGUUUGGCAGUGUCAAUGCCCAACAUAUAACCUCCACGUCCACGCUUCGGGCCGGCGUAGUAGGAUCCAAAAUCGUGUUAGGCGUCAGCGUGCGCCAGAGCAGCGGCGAGUUGGCUCUGCGCAUGGUAGUGCUCAACAUCGUUGAGGUGGACCGAAGCAGUGAGACCUCAGCGAGCGUCAGCAAUGACAGUGGCAGCGUCUCCAGCGUUGGUGGUCAGUUGAUGAAGUCCUCAUCCCCUAUGGUCAAUGUCUCCGGCGAAAACAAUGUGAACGUGACACAAGCGAAUGUCGAGUCCAAAGAUGAUGAUAACAAGGCCAUGACCCCGUACGAGAAGUUCACAGAUGGCUUCGAUAGCAAUGGAUUUGUGUCCGCCCUGAUGACCUACAACAAGAACAACGGAGUCAGCCAAAACACCGACGAUGCCUCCGUUUUGUACGAUUUCGAUUUGUGCACCUUGUCCCAGAUCCUGGAUCACAAUCUGGAGGAACCGCUAAGUUUGAUGGUUGGAUCGAAUACGGUGAACGUUAGUAACCUUGGCAUGGGCAACGAGAUCGAUAAACUUGUCGAGGAUGUGGAGAUGACUCACCAGAACAAUAAUAACAACAACAACAACGAGGCCAACUCCCUGGGAGGAAAUUCCUCGAAUAACAAUAAUAACGUCAUGAUCAACGGAAGCACCAACAGCAGCAGCGACAAAAUGACGGCCACCGAGGAGAUUGACUGUGUGGUGGAGAGUUGGACCAGUGUGAAGCGCAUGAAUGCCUUAGACGGGGCCAGUAGUGGGGCGAAUGGUGUGACCCACUCGGUGCAAGAGAUCAUCGAGAUUGCCGAGAUCCUGCCCACUACUCCGAAAUGCAACCAGCUGCUGGUUAAGUUACUGCGCACCAAGGCGCCGGAGACAGAGGGCAGUAAGAUCAUCAUGGCCACCGUGGCUAAGGAGGAAGAGGAGGAGGAUGAGGAGCAGCGGGCGGACGAGUCAAUGGACACAGAUAACAACGCAGAGGGAAAUGUGGCAGCUCAGCUCUUGGUGUUCGAUUACGAUGACACUCAAAUAUCCAACGAUUACACCCUGGCCAUGACUUUCAGUCGAGCCAAGUGUCCCAAGCAGCUCUGCAUCCUGCCACACUUCAACUCGUCUCCGGAGCACAAGGAUGCCGGCUCUAUAUGCGUUGUGUGUGCGGAUGGCAGCGUUGAGAUUUACUCGCUCGCCGAUUUCCAAGGAACCAUGGUGAUUGAGGAGGAAGGCGAGCACUUUGAGUCUGUGGUUUAUUGCCGGAAUCUGGAUAGGCUGUGCUGUUGCUCACGCCAGGGCGGCCUGCUCUUCUACUCGCUGAGCGAGGGCGAGAACGACUCAGGAGACGAAUUGCUGGAGAUGGAGGAUGACUGCAGUACCACGUUAACCCAGGCAGCGGAUGUAAGUGUUACGGAUGGCGCGCGUCAUGUGGGUGGAUCAGAUCUUUUGGGUAAGACCCUGCUCGCCAGCGACUCCAUUUGCGUGGAUGUUGGCAGUGAGGCAGCAGCAGUCUCGAGCUCCUCUAGCGGCGCACAAGGUGCCCACGUCCAAACAUCGCCAUCGGCGGCUUCCACGGCUGCCACCAAUGCCAACCUGCUCGCUUACAAGACGGCUGACCUGACACUCGAAGACCUUAAGGUCUUCUACGCCCUAACGCAGUUUGACGAUAAGCUGACUGUCUACUCUGCCGAGGUGCCCAGCUGUUGGAACGAUCUCGGACAAGUGCAGAAGCAGCGGAAGCAGUCGCAGAACAUGCGGCAUGGUGGUGACGAACGGGAUUUCACACGCACCUGGCGUUUGCACAAUGAUGCAACCACCUGGGACGAGCACAUUAUUGAGCUCAAUUUAGCCCAGCCCGUGUCUCUGGGUCACAUAGAUCUCAAGUUCACGGUCUACCAGCAAUGCUCAAACCCUGCAGCAAUUCAGGUCACCCUACUAAAACAAAACACCAACGGCUUUGGAUACCGGAUGAAGGGACCUCAUUCCAGUUACAAGCCGAAUGUCAUCGAUGACAACAUUGAUCUCUCUUAUAUUGCCAACGAAAAUCCCGUGCUAAGUGAGGAGUAUUUACUGGCCCACAAUGCGGAGGUUCUAGCCGGUCCCAUCGAGCUCUCCUCAUGCAUCGAUCUGGACCAGGGGGGCACUGCUACGCUCACUUCCCCGAAACUUAAGACUCGCACCAGGAAUUUCCUGCUGCACAUCAAAACAGUGUCGGAUCCAUCGAAAGAUGGGCAGAACAAGACGAGAGGUUGCGACUGGCUGCACGAGAUUUCCAUCAGUGUGCGCGCUGUUAAGUCUCAUAGUCGGAUCAGUAAUGGCCGGAUACAGCGCAUAGCCAUGCUGGAGAGCAACGUGUUGCUGGUUCAGCUGCUGCGCAUCGCCAGUGAUCCGGCUUCCAGCCCGCUGGCCAAGAACCUGUCGCUCGACGUGCUCAACUGGAUUUGCUUCAUCAGGCUAAAUCGUUUUCGGUCACCCAAGUCGGAGCGGCUCAAGGAUCAGAUCAACAAGCAGACUGCAGCCAACAUUCAGGAUCUGCUGGCCCAGCAGUUCGAGUGCAUUUCCCUCGCGGAGAAGCAUAUCGAGCCGUUGCUGCGGAACUGCGUUAUCUACAGUGAACGGAGUACGGCCCACAAAUGUGUGAAGCUGCUGAUCAUGUUGACAGAGGGUGCAACCAAUCUGCCAGCAGAAGUGCAGGAUCACACCACGCUGGACUAUAGCUUCAAAUCAGCGAUUGCCAACACAUUUCCGGAAUUACCGCGCGCCCAGUGCGGAAGCGUUGUGCGGUGGUACAUGAUGCUCACCUGUGCCACAUCCACAGCCCAAUCUCACAACAGCAUCUCAGAGCUGGCUAUCAAUCUGCUGAAGGACAUUGCCGUCGAAAUCGACAAGCGAUGGGAUCCUCACUGUGCGCUGCUAGCCACGCGGUUUGGCCUCUACGGCUAUCCAUUUGAGCCGGAGAUAUUUGACUUCGACUUCCCCAAUGUCAGCAGACAGGGUCCCGGCUCAUCUGUGGCCCUUACUAAUGUGAUACGCAGCAGUUCUACUAUUCUGCCGGUGACUGGGCUAGACAUCAAGCGAUUGAGCUCCAUAGAUGGGGUAGACUUUCGCACGUUCCCAUAUCUGAUCCGCGGAAAGAGCAUCAGUAACCAACUGCGUGGAUUGUUAGAGGUGGUGCAACUGCACUUUAACUGCGUCCAAACCUCCGAGGCCACUCGAAUUGACAACAUCGAUAGUGUUGGGGGAAACUCCGCGGCCAAUGUGGUUAUUGAGGAUGUGAUGAUGAUGCCGAAGUUAGUUGUGGCCAAGGAGAAGGGCGAGGAAAUGCUCAACGAUUUGGUCAAUGACGUGGAGUGUCUGGUGGAGGAAAUGAAGGAAAAGCAGGGCAAGGUCGACUACGAUGCAUUUGGAUUGGUCAAUGGCUUCAAGGAUAAAACUUGGUCCUCUUUGGCAGACUCUCUUGAACACGCUCUGAAACAGGAGGUUAAAUUAGAAAAAGCGGACAUUAUGGAUAAGCUUAAGAUGUCCAAGUUUCUGCCGAAGUUGUCGCUAUUCGAAAGCUACAUGCAGAAAAAGAUAUACGAACACAUCUCCUUCGAUGACUUUGGCAAACUAGACAACUGGGACGGAAAUACAACGCCUCCAUUUAAUAUGGACAUGGGAGUUCCCAGUGAAGGCCAGGAGACUACUUCGGAGCCCAAUCCGUCGCAACAGACAACAGGAUCAGGUGACAACAUACUGGAUGAUGCUGCGGAGAGCGAGAAAAUCAUGGAGAACUUGAAUGCCAAUCCUUGCCAGCCGAUUGCUUGGCACAAGCUAAUCACUCCGCCGCCCAAGCAGAUGAUAGUCAUAGAUCGGAUGCACUCGGGUGCCAGACGAUUUGUGGUGCUGGACUUUGGCCAGCACAUCCUGCUCACGGAUCUGGUGAUUCCCUCGUGCGACGAGUUGACUUCCCUGAACAUUGACAUCUGGUGCUUCGACGAGGAGACCGAUUGCACGCGUUUGGUACAGGUGAACGAUAUCCAGACCAAGACCCUUGUGCUCAGCGAUAUUCAGCCGGCUCCCAUUUGCCGGUACUUGAAAUUAACCAUCAUUGGUCGAAUUGGCAUGUCGUCCACAAAGUGCAAAGUACCCUUGGGACGGUUCUUUGGCCAUCCGGUGGUGCUGGAGCACGACGGCUAUGGGGAUCAGCUGAUGAGGUUCAUCAAGCAGCCCACUCAGAGCCUUCAGUCGCAAUUAAAGUCGCUAAAUGCACUGUACGAGGAUGUACAUUGCCGUUACAGCCUGGCCAGCUGCAAACUGAUGGAUCUGCUGGCUCCCAUGCGGAAUAGUGAGUUGUCUAAUGUGGCCCACCUACAAGCGUUCAUCAACAAGCAGCGCGAUGAGGAGCUUAGUGGUCUGGAUAACAACAAUAAAGUGGUUUCACUUUACGAUGAGUGCAUGCUUCUGCAGUACCAGAUUAAUGUGAUCCGAAAUGUGGUGCUCCGAUUGGAACGAGCUAUUUCUCCUAACGCGUUAGGUAACACGCCUCCACCAGGAGAGCCGAUUCCGAUAACUGAGGAAAUCCUACGCGCUGCUUCGCGAGACAAGUUGCGAGUACUCAGUUUGAGUUUGGUGGAGGUGCUUCUGCACUUCUCCAUCGAGUAUGGAAUCAAGAACAUCCUGCCCGUUCACCAGAAGUUCAAUUCGGCCACGGCGAAGGCGCUCUUUAACUCGCUCGUGGUUUACGGGGACGCCCAACUGCAGUUGGCCACCUGUUCGUUGCUGGUGCGGAUGUGCUGCUUCCAGCCGUGGUGGGGAGACUUCCUUGCCGAUACCUUCUGCAGCCUGUUCUCGGCGCAGAACUGCAAGGCUUUCCCACAGGAUCGCAUAUUCUUUUUGCUCACCUACCUGGGACGUCGCAGCAUUGCUAUGGGGGCCUGUCGAUCCAUUGUGAUUGACGCCGUGCUCAAGACGCUCGUCAAGCUGUUGGCACCGAUCUCUCCGCAUUACAAAUACCAGUCGGAGCAGCCCAGCACGUCGGCAAACGCUGCUGAUCGCAAUGCCGCAAUGGGCACCACCUCCGAUCUUCAGCUGAUAACCUGGCUACUGCUGUUUCUAUCCGUGUGCCUGGACGACAACGAGCGCAAGGAUAAGUCAGCUGCUCGCUGGGACUUUAUGAGCUGUGAGAGUGACUUCACCAAGACCAGGCCAAGUAACACUCCCAACAGCAAACAACUGCGCUGCUUUAAGAAGCGCAUCAUUCAGCAGAAUAAGUACUCGGUGCAGCCUUACACGGACUGGGGAAAGAAAAUAUACAUGAUACAGAAUGAGCAUCCUGGUAUUUUCAUGGAGCUGUCAUCGAAAUCAAAGGGCAGUGGACCUACCAAGUCGACCGCCACCGGUAGCAAGAUCAAUAUGGCUGGCCUCUGUGUGGGUGGUAGCAGCUCAAGUAGUAGUGCUUCUAAGAGCACGGUGGCCUCCACUUCCUCGCCCAAACACCAGGAUGGCUCGGCAACCGAUGGCGAACGCGACAGCAAUUUUGACAAGGGCUUAAAAACACUUCGAAUGGCCAACAUCAAGGUGGUCAUUCGCGGGCUCUUCGCCCUGCUGCUAGAAAUGGAUUUCGAUUGCAACAUGGACCAGUUUCUGCUCACCUGCAAGGUAAUCGCUCGCUUGGUGGCCGCCUGCAGACCGUCUGUGCAGCUCUGCAAGAUUGUAACCACCGCCCAGCUGGAGCAGCUGGUUCGUCUAUCCGUGUGGAAUGAUCAGCAGCAGCCCUGGGCUGUCCAUGCCAUUACUUGUUUGCUUCAAGAUCUUUUGGAUGCAGAUAAGCAGUUUAGGGACAAUGAUGUCACACCCACCAAUGAUGCACCGCGAACCAUGGAGGCCUCAGUGCAGGAAACUCGAGACUUAUUUAGCGACUAUACAUCCACUGCUUCCUCGUGCACUGAGGCACAAUUUGAGAUGCUGAUGCCGACAGCAAGAGAAUUUUAUCAAGAGGCUGUCAAAUAUAAUUACUUGCCAUCAUUGAUUGAAUGCGAUGACACGGAAUUCGACGAAAUGCUGAACGACAUUGACAUGAUCGAGCGAACAAAACCAGUGACUAAGAAAGAGAGCAACGCUCUGUGCAAGAACACCUUCAAUUUCUUCUGCAAGUCCAUCUCCAUUGCGCUGGACACACGGUUGGACGUGGGCUUGGAAUUGCAUGUGGAAACGCUGCUUAGAAGGCUUACGAAUCGCACUUCUCUGGAUCUCUACUCCUCGCUGCCUCAGGUGUUGACCAAUGAGUUUGUCUCUCCGCCACCGGAAGCCGCUCCUUGGCCGGAGUACUUGACGCAACUUUGGUCAGGCACAGAGUACAAUGGCCGCAACACAUAUGUGAUGUUCAAGAAAGUCUUCGACUCCAUCCUGGCGGACUUGCACUAUGAGGACACUUGGGUGCACUUGGAGCAGGUGCUGCAGAUGUGGCUCACGCUGAACUGCGAGCUUUCCGAUAAGCCAUACACCAGUGGCAUCACCCAUACGGAUGUUCCGAAGAUUCCGUUUGGGGCGAAUGCAGUGCAGGGGCUCCUCCUGGCCCUAGCCUGGCACAAUGACAUCAAGCUGCGCACCUGGUGUCUGGGCUUCCAGUGCCUGUUCCUCGCUUGCAACUCAUUGCCUAUUGGCGAGGAUGCGGACUGUACCCGUAUCAACGAGGUUAUUGUGAACGAUGAAAACUUUGAGAAGAUGCUGCUGAGGUUCUUCUCUGGCUACGGCAUGAGCUCGUCUAUCAUAACCAACCGAUGUGCUGGACCAACCAUUUGCAAGCAUCUGCAUGAGUUGUUGCUGUGGCUGCACAGUAAAAGCGAGACGAGUGGCAUUCCGUGCAAGCGCCGACUAAAGGACAUCUUGUUGCAUGUUGUACUUCAGUUGGUGCAACCUGGUGGCGCUAUUAGCAACCAGCAGGGACCCAUCGAUGCGCAGAAUCAGCUGGUUCGCGAUUUGCUCAUGAUGCCCAACGACAAGGGAGAUCUCAACAUAGCGCUUAAGAUCACUGAAAGUGUUUCUUUCCUGGUGUACAACAACAUUUCCAACGGCGAGAAACUUCAGUGUCAGCGAGGAAAUGAGAACAACACGGCUGGCAACAACUUUAGCAAUCUGUUUGCCAAUGUGUUGGGAUCGGAGAAUCCCACCAAGCAGAAUGCCACAAUCUGUGACAAUUCGCUUAUUAUAAACCUGCUGAAACUAUCCUCGCACAUGGUUCUCACGGAGAUGCCCAGGCAACCAAGUGAGGUUACCAUACCCGAGGAGGAGGAGUUAUCCAAUCAAAGUCAAACAGAUGAGACUAAAGCGGAGCAGUUGAAUACGGAAGGACAUCGCAGCAAGGUACCAUGCAUAGCAGAUUGGGUUCUUCGCCAUUUCCCCACGAUGAAGCGCCUCUUUGGAACUCUCUCCCAGUGCUCUACAAACACUUUCACCAUGAUGUCCUCUGGCUGCUUUUUCUCACUAAAGUCGAAUAUGGUUUUGGAUGAUCCCCAGACAAUUGCAGACGCCGUCUUUAGUUUGAUGAUAACCCUCAGCGAUAAGGCCUCCAAUCCCCGACUGGUUGUGGCACCCAUUUGCCAAUACCUGGAAGAAACCACCAUUCAAAGAAAUGCGACGCUGCCUCGUCUGCCGCUAUCGGAGCCCUUCCUGUGGUACAUCUCAAAGGUCCUGGAGGUCACAGCGGCAGUUCAGACGUUCACCCAGCUGGGUGGAAUUCAGAUUAUCUGUCACAACCUGGUGCGACUCAAUAAAACUAUUAUUAACAUGCAGCCAGGAUUGAUCUCGUUGAUUAUGCAGCACUUGACCCGCAAUACACGCUUUAAGCGAAACACUCAUGUGGCGGCAAACAGUGCGUGCAAGAAGACAACGACUGGAACUGGCACAACCGGAGCAACGGCAGCACAGCCGCCGAGGAGUGGAGCUCAGUACGAUGGGCUGAUCAACUUUGCACCCUUCUCGCACAUUGUCUCCGAAAACGACGCCGCUCAAAGUGCUGAGGUUCUAAUCUCAAAUCCGAAUAAUUCACAUCGAAGACCACGUUCUCCAGCCUGGAGCUACAUGUUCUAUCCAAAUGAGACGCACGUGGAUCUGACUAUCACGCUUCCCACUGCGAUUCUGCUGAAGGAGGUGCAGCUGGUGCCGCACACAACGAGUCUGGCCUCCUGCCCUUCGGCGGUGGCACUGGAGCUGUCAAGAGAUUAUGGCGUGGGCUCUAUCCCAGUGGGUGCGCCCAUGGCCACCACUGGGCUGACCUGCAUCAGGCUAAAGUUGGCCAAGGCGGAGGUGGCCACCAGCAUUGUUCUAAGGCUGUACAAACCCAAGGACUGCGGAAAUGUGGGUCUCGUCCAAAUCGCUGUGCUGGGCCAGACGAUCUUCGGGAAUCGCAUGCAGGGGCUUCGAUCACCGAGUCCGUUUAUCGAUUCCCUGGCCUCGUGCUCCUCGCCUUUGCAAACAGCAGCUUUAGCUGCGAUGGAUGCGGAUGCCAUGCUUGAGGACGAUGCCUUUGCCAAGACGAGCAUUGGCUGGGUGCGGAUCUUAUCGCGCUGCUUCCAUGUGGCAGCCCUGCAACCUGACAGCAAGCUGGCGGAUCUAAUCGCCGCCUAUCCAGCUGCAUAUCCUGGCUUCCUAGAGGCCUGCUGCUCACUGCUCAAUAUAAUGCCAAUGAUUCCAAGCCUUGCUCAGCAACACCUGGAGACCAUUUUGCUGAAAUUGGGUGCCUACAACCACGAGCUUAGUUUGCAGCUUCUGCGGACGCUUCUGUGGCACACCACUCCCCAAGUUUUCAAACUCUCCAGCGAUGCGGUGUGCGAUCUCAUCCAUGAAGUGGUUACCGGUUCCACGGAGCACUUGCUGGACAAAUUGCGCGUGCUGAUCGACUGGGUGAUGCAACUGCACGACAACUACAGCCAGCAGGCUCGGUGUAAUAAUCCACAAAGCGGAUUCGUUAAAGUGAUUGCUUCUAUUCUGUGGAAAGUGCAGACACAGCAGCAACUCCCCGAGUUGCCACUCCUCAUUUCAUCGUCGCUGUUUGAGACCUGUUUCGAAUGGGUGUCGUCCCUGGAACACGAUGAGCCUCUGAAGAGUAGCUUUGACUCCCUGCUGUGCGCUUUGUGUUACAUCAAGCCGGAGCUGUUCAACCAGCUGUUGGUCAAGUUGGGAGUGAAACUAGAGCCCCCAGCUCGCGGCCAGACGGAUGACAGCAAGGUGCAGAGCGGCAGUGCCUGGUUCCGGCGCGAGGGUAGCGAGAAUCUCACAGUUCUACUGCAGCGUCCCACAUUCCUGAAGACUCUGGCCUUGGCCUGCCAGUCUCCGGCGGCAGUAUACCAAAUGUUGGACUCGGGACUCCCCAAGCUUUUGUCCCACGCCAUAUACGAGUAUUGUAUGCACCUGUUGCCUGGAUCGGAGCAAGAAGGCGCUGCGGCCACAGUCUCUGCGGGUGAAGAGGAAGUUUCGGUCAACAACCAGGCUGCUGCUGCUCCAGCGGAUGACGAGGACUCGUCGCUAACGGACUUCGAUAAGGCCGAAGCCAAUGUGAGCCAUAAUACUCCUCUGCUUAGUAGCUCAAAUGUGCCCAAAGUACUGGACUUCUUUGCCGAGUGCUGUGCCGAGGGUCCUAUGCGAGAUUGGCUAGGCACCAUGCAGGGCUCCGUGUUCUGGAAGCCCCUGCUUCAGCUGCUCUGCAACACCCAUGCCGCCCAGUUUAGCAAGACGCUGCCAAUGCAGCAAUCAUUCAUCCGCUUGGAACGAGCAACCAUCAACUUCUUUACCCGGGUCAGCGCCUGCCAUCCCGGCAACCAGGAAGUGCUCACACAGCUGCUCAUCGGAGCCAUAAUUUGCAAGCCGCUAAGAUCGUCGCAUGGUGUUCGUCCCACUAUCUCUGGAUUCACCAGGCAGCUGGUGCUGCAGCUCCUUCUGGAGAACGAACACAUCACAGUCUCGGUGAGAAGUCAGCAGCCCUUGCAGCGGAGGGACACCCUCUCCGCCAUCCUGGGCGGAAAUUCGAGUGGUGCCAGCACUAGCCUGCCGGUGGCAGCUGUGAAUAACCACCCGGCCAAGCGGAGCAGCGCCCAUCACAUGCUAUUCACAGUGACCACCAGCACCACGUGCCAGGAGAUUAUGCAGAAUUGCGUCAGUGAUCAACGAGCAGGCGAGGCCUCGGCUUCCAGCAGUGGCGUGUCCAGUGCGACUGCCAAGUCUAGUGAUAGCAAGCUGGAGAAGAGCAGCUUCCUGAACUUCAACAAUGUUGAGGCGGGUAGUAUGGAGUUCCUCACCGUUGGAGCUGCCGUGGCAGCCAAGGACAAGCGUAUUAAAGAUGCUAAGAACCAGGCGGCCAUGAACAAAGACAAGGAGACUCAGACUAGCACUCUAAACUUAGCUUCCAACAUAUUCAACGUGGAGGAGUUCCUGCUGCAGUCGGCGAAUGCAGCCAAUGGCAACCAGUUGGUCAUACCAGAGUAUUCGGAUAUCCUUUUGGCGGGAGAUGCGACCAUUUCGCAGGUUUUGGCCUCACUGCAAGAUGCGGGACAUUCGCUGUCGACGCCCUGCAUAUCCCUUGACCUGGUGCCCCAGCAGCGGGCGGAUGAUGCGAGCGAGGCAAAGAAGACGAAGGCCGCCUGCACUGAGCCGUUGCCAUCACCACUGCAACGAUUUUCGAGCAGCGGCGGCCUCUCGUUACUGGCACACUACCUGCCCACUGUCUAUCCGGAGCACUCGGGCAGGAAGACCACCUUGGUGGUCACCGAAAAAGAGAAGAGUCCCCCGCUCUCCGACUGGGUGAAGCUGGAGCCAAACGACGAGAUUUACGAGGAUCUGGAGGACACUAUCUGUGAGCCGGCGGCCAAGCAGGCAACUGUCAGUUCAGUGCCGCAACACUCGCUAGCCGCAUUUGGAUUAUUCCUGCGGCUGCCCGCCUACUCGGAUGUCCUGCUGCGGGACAAGAUGCGUGCCCAGUGCCUGCUCCGUUUAGUGCUGGGAGUCACGGGAGACGGCGAAGGCAAUGAUAUAUACAGUCUAUCGCUAGCGCCCUCGUUGCCCACACUACCCUUCGAGGUGUUCCGUCAGCUUUUGGACAGUGUGCCGCUGUCGACCGACGACGGCGUGCUGCUUCGUCGCGUGGUUAUCGAAGUGGGGGCCAUGCACCUAGUGCUUAACUGCCUCGGCAUCUUCUCGCAUCAGUCGCACAACAACAGAAUUGGAGCACCGAUCAACGAACCCUCACCAAGUGGAACCAGUAGUGGUAGUGGCACUAUUGGUGGGAAUGGAAGUGGAAACGCAAGUGCCAGCGGUGUCAAGGCAAAUGCACCGGAGGAGGCCACUCCUAGUGCAACGUCGGACGACAAGAGCCACAUGUACUGGGCCAAGGGAACGGGUUUCGGCACCGGUUCUACCACGCAGUCGUGGAAUGUGGAGCAGGCGCUGCUUCGGCAGAAGAGCGAGGAGGAGCAUGUCACAGUGUUGCUGCUAGUUCUAGCAAGUUACAUAAAUCCGGGUGACUGCAUACCAAGUGACAUGUGCGGAGAGGACAUCCUGGCCUACCAUGAUGUCAGAGAUGUUACCGGCGAGCUGCCGCCCAUCUUUCAAACCCUCCUGCAGCAGUCUUGCCUGAUCCCCGCCCUCAGCUCCUAUCUGCGCAACGAUUCCGUGCUGGACAUCACGCGCCACAUUCCGCUGUACCGUGCCAUAUUGAAGCUUUUGCGCGCCCUGUCGCUGUCCAAGAUGCUCGUCUCGUUGCUCCAGCCGGCGGCUAGUGGCAGUGGGGAAAGCACGCCUCCCAUAGUGGAGCUGCUCACGAACAUGAAGACCUGCGUGGAUACGUACGCUAAGCGGUUAAAAGUAAACAAGAAGUCGAACAUCAAGGGUCAGACACAUCCGUUGACCUUUAACAUCGAUGACGGCGACGAUGAGGGAUUAGCUCUUCUCAUUCCGGACAUCCAUGAAACAAGUGUCUUGGUGCAGAAGACCACGGAUGCGGAUGCCCUGAUUAACAUGCUGCACACCAACGAGGACGGCAGUGGUCAGCUGGAGCCAUUGAGCAAGUCCAUUGAGCAGCGCUACCUGGAGCUGAUGAAGAAGCGCCAAUUCGACACCUUCGAUAUGAUUGUUGAGUCGGACAACAACAGCUUCCGGUUUGUGGUCUCACAUCACUUCGAGAAGAUGGUGCGGCUCGCCGGCGAUCGCUACCAUCCGUCACGGGUCAAGCGACUCGCCCAGGAGGCAGUGACACUGUCCACCAGCCUGCCCCUCAGCUAUAGUAGUUCUGUAUUUGUGCGCUGUGAUACGGAUAGAUUGGACAUCAUGAAGGUACUCAUCACUGGACCGGCGGACACGCCGUAUGCCAACGGGUGCUUCGAGUUUGAUGUCUUCUUUCCGCCGGACUACCCCAACCAGCCCAUGCUCAUCAAUCUGGAGACCACGGGCCGCCAUUCGGUGCGCUUCAACCCCAACCUCUAUAAUGACGGCAAGGUGUGCCUGUCGGUUCUAAACACCUGGCACGGCCGGCCCGAGGAGAAGUGGAAUGCGCAGACCUCCAGCUUCCUGCAGGUGCUCGUCUCCAUCCAGUCGCUGAUCCUCGUCCCCGAGCCGUACUUCAAUGAGCCCGGCUUUGAGAGGAGUCGUGGCACACCGAGUGGCACCAACUCGUCGCGGGAGUACAACAGCAAUAUCUAUCAGGCCUGCGUGCGCUGGGCGAUGCUGGAGCAGAUACGCAGCCCAAGCCACUGCUUUAAAGAUGUCAUACACAAGCAUUUCUGGCUAAAGCGCGAGGAGAUCUGCGCCCAGAUCGAGGGCUGGAUCGAGGAGCUGGGCAAGCCUCAGUACACGGAAAGGGCUAGUCGCACUAUUUCCUUCAACUCAAUGGUCCUGCGGCGUCACUAUCGCCACCUGCGUGAGGAGUUGUCCAAACUGAAGCCGCCUCGUGGCCUUGAGGACUUGGAUGCGCCGUUCAAUCCGGUGGCCACGCUGCCACCCAUGGAUGUGUCAGCGGCUCCCGCAGCAGCGGCCACCAAUACGACCCAGGUGGGAACAGAUGAUGCGAUAGCGCCGGACAUGAAUCUGCUAGGCGAGAAUGCGGAGGACUGCGAAGUUGAUGGCGAUGCCGAAGGCGAGGGUGAUGCAGAUGACGGCUUUAAGGGGUUCCCACAGGAGGAGGGAUUGCUGACGGGCGAAGAAGAGGUCGUAGAAAUUCUGAGUGAUACAGAGAACGAGAGCAGUGUGUGGCAAGAGAAGGAAGAGGAGGAGCUGUGAAUCCCUAGCUGCUGCCCGAAGAUGGAUUCGAUGUGAUGCCCAGAAGCUGCUUGGCCCGGCCUCCCGCAUCUUCGCUGCCCUAGACAUUUUUUAUUUAUAUGCUAUGAUUUUUGUUUUACGCCUUUAUUUGUUUUAAUUUUUGUAAGAGAGAGACUGCAACAGAACUUGGUGUGCUUUACUUAAUGGAACCGUAAUGAUUAAUGUUAAACAAAUUACGCUAAUUAUCUUCGCGCAGAAGAAGGCGUGCACACAUACAGAAUGCAUACACUCCCCCAAAAAGCAUUGUCAGAAACUUUCCAUUAAAAAAAAUGAAUAUCCCACUCCAUACAAGUAUGUAUGAUUAUUGUAUCGAACUUUUUAUAAAUGCUUAUAUAAACGGAUCUAUCAAUUUCUAUAAGAAUAACCCCGUGUGUGUAUAGAAUAGAACGGACAUGCAAGUCAUUGAAAAUAUCACCACUAUAAAGCAGUAACAACAACAAAAACCACCAAAACUAAAUUAUGUGUAUUAAACUAUGUAUGUACGUAGGAAUUUAGUUAAAUAUUUACAGAAAAUUGUGAACAGUUACUUUUCCAAUUGAAAUAAAACGCGAGAUACAUUUUGUUUCCCCCAAAAGUAUGCUGUAAUACUUGGGAAUGCUUGGGCUGAACUGUGAUUAUCAAACAUUUUCAUGGCCUAACGAAAA